AUGACCGCCAACCUCGACACGCGUCGCAUUCGAUCUGCCACACCCGCUGAGCUCCGGGAUUACUACAAUCAGAUACUGAAAGAUGCACCUAUUGGAGAAGUCACAACGCAGCUUCUUCAAGUUGUCGAGAGUGGCUCAAUACCCCCAAUAACCUUCGCGCCAUGGCUCGGCGUAGCAAAAUCGCCUUCCGUUAUCCGCGAAGCACUUACGCAAGAUGUCUCGGUACUGAUUCGCAAGUUUGCAAUCAAGCAACUUCGUAAAUCGCUUUGUUCUUCGCGAUGGAAAGAGACGUGGGAGGGGAUCGGAGGUACUGCGGGGGUGCUUGACAUCUUUGCGGGCCUCUCGGUGCUCGAGGUUAGAUCAGCUUGUACAGCAAUUGGCAGUUGCGGCAAAGGUACGGAUCUGGAUGAGAAAAGAGAGCUUUUCACGCAGUUAUACAAGGCACUGCACCCUGAUCGAUUCCCGGAUUCGCCACAUAAGACAAAAGACAAGCGCGCACUCGGACGAUUCUAUGCGUCCCUCAUUCCCGCAUGCUCGGCAGACCUGGUGGCGGAGGCUAUUAUGAGCGGCUUUAAAGGAACAUGGAAAAAUACGCGGGGCAAAUAUGUCAUAAAAUACUAUCCGGAGUAUAUGCAGAAAGAGAUCCUCCAGUCACUCGGUGCAGAGGAGUCAUCUCCCGUUGACAUCUCGACCUUUCGAGGUCUAUUGCAUCACUAUCCACCGGUAAAGUCGACUACAACAGGGUUCUCUGAAUCUAUGGAAUUCUCUUUGAUGGUUCUUGAAACCCUGAGCAAUUCACCGCGUCGCGUAGUAGAGGAUAGAGUUUUCGUCGACCAACUCGUCAAUCCUCUCUUGAAACGCGCUAUCAAGAACCGUACAGACUGGAGCAUUACACAACGAAUCGUCAACCUUACAAUGCAUUAUUUAGAUAUGCAUCCAAUCAAGGGAGGCCAGCGAUCUGGCCUCCAGGUCGACUUCCUCCAGCAAGUUGCCUUUUGUUGGUCACAGCAACCAAGUCUGUUCGAACAGCAACUACGAAGGAUCUGCUCUCAUCCAGUAUUUGGCACAGUCAGCAAGACUGCAAUUGGAGACUGGGAUAACGUCCUCACCGGAAUCCAAGCAAAACAAAGCUACCCACUCUUGAGACUCUGCUACCAAGCGUCUACGUCGCUUGAUCUGGACAGCGACGAAGACCUUGCAAAGACAAAGGGCUCAAUUCAUCCCGAAUUCUUUUCUAAUAUGUCCCCGGAAGAUUCUCUUCUACUAUUCACUCGUUUGCGAAGAGUCAGAGGAGACACAGAUCUGAUCUACUUGGGUUAUGGUGGUGGCUCCAUCUUCAGCUUAGCGUCUACCUUUGACGGUUCUAGCGGUGACCCAAAUAUUAUCCAUAUCUGGCUACUGAACUUAAACAACAAGGAAGAAGAGGCCAAGACUAUGGCCAAGGAAUACAUCGAUAUGCGCAAGAAAAAGGCCGCCACUGCGUCUCAACCUGACCAGCGCGCUUUCUUCGCCAAGUCAGCGAUUUUCGCGACCAUAGCCUGUGGAUCACUUUGGAUGCUGCAACAUACGAUGAAGUGGACCAACCGUUUCUUGGGCGAUCCGACUGUGAUUCGUGAAAUCAACCUACAAGCGUCUACUAAUGAAGGAGUACGUUUGCUUUCAGGCGUUCCUGAAUUGAUCAACAAACGUUUGAGCCUGACAGAGCUGCAACAGCGGGUAUACGCAGCAAACUCGAUUCUACAAGACAUGUUUGAUACAGCCUGCGAAGCCCUCAGGCAGCCAUCGUUUCAAGCGUACAAUUGGUAUGGCGUUUUUGAGUUAUUCUAUCAGGUCAUCAAAUUGCGAAUCGAUCUCACACCGAUGGUCAAGAAGCAGCUCGACGCUUCUGACGAGGAUGUACUGACAAAUCUUUGGGCUGAUACGAUCUCGAUGGUCAUUGCGGUUGAGGAAAAGGCGCAGAAAGAUGGUUACGAAAGACUUCAGGCGAAUCUCUUCCGCGGCAUCAUUGCCUAUAAUAAGCCCUUCACGUAUGAGCUGGAGAGUUGUGAUGUAUCAACAUAUGCAUUCCUUGAUUCCCUCGCUCGUGCGAGAGACGAACUCUGGUGUAGAUUGCGCCCAUUGACGUACCCUGCUACAGUCACACUUCCUCAUCCUUUCCCUCGAGGACUUCCGCUCCAAUACCUUACCGCACCAUGGACUUUGAACGUGGAGGAUCUUAGUAGCGUUGCUCCUUAUAUCGCAUCACGCACUCGACGCACCGUGUUUCCUGACUCGGAGGCUGCUCUCCAACCAGUACCAACGGACAAAGAUUCUCAACAGGCCAUUGGGAUGUUCGUGGACAGCUAUCAACAUGCUCUGCAACUUUACAUACCCAAGGAUCGUGACAGAGUCGAGACACAAACCCGUGUUAAGAGAGCAUGGGAGUAUGCAACCGGUCCUUUGAGUUCCAAGAGAAUGGCAGAGGAUGAAGCAAUACGCUUCUGGAAGGACAAGAAACCACGACUUAUGAGUGAGUGGCCGCCUCAGGGUGCAAUGAGCACUGUCGAGAAGCCUUGGCCAUUGAUACCCGACGACGAUGGUUCCGGUGAGCCGUGCGAGUGGAAUCCCUUUUCGUCGAGACCGGAUUUCCCCAAGAGAGAGCUUGAUGAGCUCGCCUACGUCGAUUUUUCAGUAGGCAUAUCUGAAAACUCGACCUCAAGACCACCUGUAAAUCUCCCCGUCAUUUCAUCGGCUGAAGUCCCUGCCUACAAAGAUGAUCCUCGACACAUCUGGAGUGACACACGCGGUAUGGGUGAAGGCGGCGUCUUGUCGGCUUUGUUGUAUCUUGAUACGAAAUAUGUCGGUGAUAAUCGUCUACUAGCUACGCCAUUCCCCUCUACAACAGACGUACGAUAUCCUUCCCUGUUUUUGGACGACGACUUCCUCAAUGCGGACGAGCCCAAUCAAUACACAGCUGCUAGGGCGAUAAGAGGCCAUCUCGACACAAUACCACCUCUAUUGUUGGCGCAAUCCUCGCAUAACCUUGAUAAGGCACUCAACAAGUUUGAUGCAGAUUCGGAAAAAGAAAUCAACGCGAACCCUCACGAGGUUUCGAUGGAGCUCAUUACACGAUUGGGUGAAAGCGAUAGGCCCGGUUUGGCCAUGCAGUCAGUCAUUCGAACAAUUCUAGAUAGACCAGAGUCGAGCUCGUGGCAUCGGAAACUUCUCAAACCUAGUCUUCUCCGACGGCUUCCAGCAGCGCAGGCGGAAUACCUCAUCGAAGCGUUCACCGAUGAGCUCAUUCAUAUGCUUCGAACAAAGGAUAAGAACAAGAAGAGUUCAGACCACCAAAAGGUUGCAUCAAGUGACAAGUUUCAUGUCAAAGUUACUACGCGCAAGAUGCUAGCUCAACUUCUCCAAGACUUGGACCUUGUUGGGACGGAUUAUGCUCUUUCGAUAUUGCGAAAGCUCUCCAAUGUGGAUGCACAUGUCGACGUCCGGCUCAACGUAAUCAAAAGUCUUCUAGCCUUGCUCGAAUCUGGCUCUCAAGAGCAAUCUCGUGAAGUGUUUACCAUCCUGGAAUCAUUCAUACCGCUAGCUGGAGCCUUGGAUGAAAGAGAGGCACUAAAUGAAGCGCGCUGGGUAAAAUGCGAGGAGACUCUGUCACUUCCCGAGCUCCAAGCAGGCAUCAUGGGAACUUCGAGUUCAGAUUCGCCAAUCCUGGUCGCUUUGGUCACUUAUCUUCGUAGUGGGAAGAUCCCGACGACCGAGAUUCAGCCUUUCGUUGAUCGUAUCAUGAUGCCAAUACUGCAAACCCUCAGAGAUCAGACAGCGAGAUGGGUGGCAUUGUUCCUUCGGAAACACGGGUUCGAAGAUAUAUUGCUUGGAGACUUUAACAUCCCAUCCAUUCCACGAGACCCAUCGGUGAAUAGGACUUUACUUUCCAUGGGGACGGAAAGACUGGGUCAUAUUCCGCGUACUAUACUGGAAGAAUAUGUCACGUAUAUGUCUUUCAGGGCCGCAAUUCCAGCGCCCUUGCAAGCAAUGAACGAACGGCUCGUUGCAGACCCAGCACUGCGCUCGCUGCCCGAAGUCGAAGCAUGGAUGCGACUGUAUGGAAAAUCGCUCGAUGUUCAAAGCGAAGGUACGGAUAUUGUUGGGCUUUUGGAUUAUGUUAUGGAAGAUUCCGAAGACCCUGCCAUUACGCCAAAAUCCAUUCAAGAGCAAUUUCUCAAACUGUUCACUGCAUUACUUUGGAACGAUACGCCAGCUUACACCAAACUCACAAGGCUGUGUGAUAGACUUAUGCUUGGCGGCUAUCUCGGAAGGACGUGGUGGAAGCCAUACGGAAAGCCAAUCUUGGAGGCGAUGGUGUCCUACAUAGACACUUUGCGCACGAGAGAGUGGGGACGCGAUCCUGCCCGGAACCCAUCAGUAUUACCCGACACCUUUUCUUGGCGUCUUCGCCUGCUUGAUUACCCAUGGCCGUCUCUCGAUGAGGAGAAAGCAUCCCGCGAGGAGAGAUGCAAGGUCUUUGCGAGCCAGCUGGUCGCCAUCGCUGAUGAGUUGAGUAGCCUGUCAAUCUAUCACAAGCAACUCGAUCAGCUGUCUACCUACAUCGCUACUGAUGCUUCUACGGGUAGCCAAAGAGCAGAGAUAAGCAAUAACCGCGUCUUGACCGCAGCUUAUGUAGGCGACAUCAGUAACACAAGACUGAGCUGGUUGACAGCACCGGAGUUGCUGAGGGUCGAGAUUGCAGCAAUGCUGGUAACGCGGGUGGGCAACCAAUUGUGGGAAGCAAACACUACCGUAGAUAAGGACAUUCGGGGCCGAUUAAAGGCGGUAGUGGAGACAUGGAAGGCAUGUGAGAACGAGGGCGUUAGGAGAAAGGGAUGGGAGAUUGAAGAAAAUUACCUCAAGUAA